CACCUGGUUUUUUUAUUUAAUAUUUAAUAUUUAUAAUUUUAAUUUUUGUUGUAAGUCUUAAACACAAGAAGUCCAUCUAUUUAUAAACAGAAAAAAACGAAGAUAGCCAUCGUUUUUGUGAGAGAGAAGAGAAGAAGAGAGAAGAAGGCCAUGGAAACAUAAUACUCUGCUUUUUUUUUUUGAUUUUUUGAAUAAAUAUACAGAGAGAGAGAGAUAGAGAAAGAGAAGGAGAUGGCGGAUUCAAGCGAUUCUGUCUCCAUUGAUAUGGAGGCAUUGUCUCUUGGAGGACAGGAACACCAUGUGGAGACUACUUAUGGCCCGGUAUGUGUUGCCGUUUGUGGAGAUCCAGAUAAACCUGCUCUUAUCACUUAUCCUGAUAUUGGUUUAAAUUAUAUGUUCUGUUUUCAAGGAUUGUUGUUUUGUCCUGAAGCUAGUUCCUUGUUACUCCACAACUUUUGCAUAUAUCACAUCAGUCCUCUUGGCCAUGAGUUGGGAGCUCCGAUGAUCAGUGUUGAUGCUCCUUUGCUCUCAGCUGAUGACUUAGCCGACCAGAUUGUUGAGGUUCUUAAUUUUUUCGGGCUUGGUGCAGUAAUGUGUAUGGGUGUCACUGCUGGAGCUUACGUUCUGACCUUAUUUGCUAUGAAGUACAGGCAGAGAGUUCUGGGCUUAAUACUUGUCUCUCCACUGUGCCAAGCACCUUCUUGGUCAGAAUGGUUGUGCAAUAAGGUUAUGUCCAAUUUACUAUACUACUAUGGCACAUGUGGAGUGGUUAAAGAAUUGUUACUAAAACGGUACUUCAGCAAGGAAGUUCGAGGUAAUGGUCAAGUUCCAGAAUCAGAUAUUGUUCAAGAAUGCAGAAGAUUACUUUGUGAGCGGCAGAGUACAAAUGUAUGGAGAUUCCUUGAGGCAAUCAACGGGAGAGUGGAUCUUAGUGAAGGGUUAAGGAAAUUGCAAUGCAGAACUCUAAUAUUCAUUGGUGAAAAUUCUGCAUACCACUCCGAGGCUGUUCACAUGACUACAAAACUAGACAGACGAUAUGGUGCAUUAGUCGAGGUGCAGGGAAGUGGGUCGUUGGUGAGUGAAGAACAACCGCAGGCGAUGGUAAUACCAAUGGAAUACUUUUUGAUGGGAUAUGGCUUGUAUCGUCCGACACAGAGCGUAAGUCCGAGAAGUCCUUUGAGCCCAACCCGAAUUUCUCCCGAGCUUCUCUCCCCUGAAAACAUGGGCUUAAAACUCAAGCCAAUAAAGACCAGACUCGCUCUAUAGCCCUACCUCCUCUGCCACACACAUUUAUAUAUAUACAACAAGUGAAUCAUACACCACAUAAAGUCACCAUUGUUGGAGUUGGAGCUGUUCCUCUGUUAUGAUUUAAGCUGUAGAUAUAGACAGAUAUAUUGAUCAUCUAUAUAUAUAUAUAUAGAGAGAGAGAGAGAGGGAGUAAGAAUAGUAAAGAAAAAGGGGAUGGGGAAGGGAUUGAUAUAUGGUAGAGUGAGAGAGACUACAGAUCUCUUAUAUUUUGAUUCAUUAAAGUUGUCUUUAAAGGUUUAUUUUGUGGUAGCUGUUCUUGUUCUCUGUACAUUCGGUUGAAUAAUUAUUUAAGGAAAAUAAUCCACAUACUAAUUU